AUGUGGGGGUGCGCGGCGCAGCGGCUCUGCCCGCGGGGGCUGCGGCGGCGCGGCCGGGGGGCGCUGCUGAUGCUUUUGGUGCUGCUGGCCUUGGCGGGACUGGGCUCGGUGCGGCGGGAGCGGCGCGGGGCCACGCUUGCCGAGCCGGGAAUCCAGAGCACCCCAAGACCCGGGGGCGCCCUGCGCCGCGGGCUGCGCGACCCGGUCUUGCAGCGGCCGCCGGGGCAGGAGAACACUCUGGGCUCGCAGGGCGAGGCGGUGCAUUUGCGGUUGGAGGGCGAGGAGCUGCGGCUGCAAGAGGAGAGCGUGAAGCUGCACCAGAUCAACAUCUACCUUAGCGACCGCAUCUCGCUGCACCGUCGCCUGCCGGAGCGUUGGAACCCGCUGUGCAAAGAAAAGAAAUACGAUUAUGAUGAUUUGCCCACUACAUCUGUUAUUAUUGCAUUUUAUAAUGAAGCCUGGUCAACUCUCCUCCGGACAGUUUACAGUGUCCUCGAGACAUCCCCAGACAUCUUGCUAGAAGAAGUUAUCCUCGUGGAUGACUACAGCGAUAGAGAGCACCUGAAGGAGCGCCUGGCUGCUGAGCUGGCCGAGCUGCCCAAGGUGCGCCUGAUUCGGGCCACCAAGCGGGAGGGCCUGGUGCGUGCCCGGCUGCUGGGGGCUUCCGCAGCGAAGGGCAAGGUGCUGACCUUCCUGGACUGCCACUGUGAGUGCCAUGAGGGCUGGCUGGAGCCACUGCUGCAGAGGAUCCAUGAAGAGGAGAAGGCAGUGGUGUGCCCUGUGAUCGAUGUGAUUGACUGGAACACCUUUGAGUACCUGGGAAACUCCGGGGAACCCCAGAUCGGCGGUUUCGACUGGAGGCUGGUGUUCACAUGGCACGCGGUUCCCGAGAGGGAGAGGAAGCAGAUGCGGUCCCCCAUCGAUGUCAUUAGGUCUCCAACAAUGGCUGGUGGACUGUUUGCUGUGAGUAAGAAAUACUUUGAAUAUCUGGGGUCUUAUGAUACAGGAAUGGAAGUUUGGGGUGGAGAAAACCUCGAAUUCUCCUUUAGGAUCUGGCAAUGCGGUGGGAUCCUGGAGACACACCCAUGUUCUCACGUCGGCCACGUUUUCCCCAAGCAAGCUCCCUACUCCCGCAAAAAGGCUUUGGCCAACAGUGUCCGUGCAGCCGAAGUGUGGAUGGAUGAAUUUAAAGAGCUCUACUACCAUCGCAAUCCUCACGCCCGCUUGGAACCCUUUGGGGACGUGACAGAGAGGCGGCAGCUCCGUGAGAAGCUCCAGUGUAAGGACUUCAGGUGGUUUUUGGAGAAUGUGUAUCCAGAACUGCAUGUGCCUGAAGACAGGCCUGGCUUCUUCGGGAUGUUCCAGAGCAAGGGACUACGUGGCUAUUGCUUUGACUACAAUCCUCCCAAUGAAAACCAGAUCGUGGGACACCAGGUCAUUCUGUACCCCUGUCAUGGGAUGGGCCAGAACCAGUUUUUUGAGUACACAUCCAAGAAUGAACUGCGCUACAACACCAACCAGCCAGAGGCCUGCUUAGCUGUGGAAGCGGGAGCCGACACUCUCACCAUGCAUCUCUGCCAGGAAACUGCCCCAGAGAAUCAGAAGUUCUUCCUGCGGGAGGAUGGUUCUUUUUUUCAUGGACAGUCUAAGAAAUGUGUCCAGGCUGAGAAGAAGAUGUUCACUGACAGUUUCAUACCCGUCUUGCGAGACUGCACCUACUCAGAUCAUCAGCAGUGGUUCUUCAAGGAGCGCAUGUCGUAGAGUGUGACCACACAGCCCAGAGGGGCAGCAGGGCCCCGACUCUGUGCCCGGCAGAGACUCAGCUCCACCCACCAAGCGUGGCUGCCUUUCACUUGUGAACGUGACAUUGGAUCUAAUAACAAUGUGAAUACACUUUGUACUGAUUUUGCAGACUUUAAUAUUGUUCCCCAAUACCCUGUUUUCUAAGGGUAAUUAUAAAACGUUAACUCAGCUUUCAGAGAAUUAAAACCUUUAAAUAUUUUUCUAUCAAGUAUAUUAUGCUACCGUGCCUUUUUAUUCCCCCUGGCAAAAAAGGUGAAUGUCUUAUGUUGGCAUUUGCAAGGAGUGCCAGGUAGGAAGACAUUUGCAGGUGUGGAGAUUAGAUUCACGUCAUGUACUUUGCACAAACUGAUAAUACCUCAAAAGUCGAGUUGGGUUUCUCCCAGUGUAAUAUGUGGACUCUAGGAACGUUGUAUUCAUUCCUUCAGGUCAUUGAAAUCUUCUAGAUUAUUUAAUAACAAAUGCUGUUUGGUCUUGUGUGCUGCCAUAGUCAAAACUCAGAAAGGUGGUUAAUGUUUGUUAGCCAAAGAGGACUAACCAAAGCUGAAGCCUCGAAGGAACAAUUCAGCAUCUAAACUUCCUGCACACACAGUGGACUUCCAACGUGCCUAGCUGUGGAGUGAAUCUUUGCUUUGCAUAGUUACCUUUAUAACUUAAAAACAUGCUUAUGUCAUUUUUAUCAUACAAGAGUGUCAGGAAGAAAUUUUCAUGUUUUCUGUGAAUUCGAUUUCGAAUUUGUUCAUAAAUGAUAUUUGGUCAUUUAAAUCAAUGUUUGAUUUUGUGCUGUAGCAGUAGCUGCUAAAGUUUCUCCCAGUGAUUCUGAUUUGUAAACAACCCCUGUGCACUACUGAGAUCUUGUCAACUUGAUGGAAUCAAUAUGAAUGAGUUAUUAUAAAUGUGAGAACGUUGCAGAUCUGUGUUUUUGCAGCUAAUCAAAUGUGAGAGGUGAAGAUAUAUGUACAACUGAUUAAAAAGUAUCUCUUUGUGUCUCAGGCUCUU